AUAUUUUCUCUCUCCUCAGGCUCAGACUCAAACUCGAACUCGCAGCUGCUGUUAUAUCCUCCUCCUUCCUCCCGCCUCCCCCUCAUAAAACCCUAACUACUCUCGUCCAACAGAACCAGCAUCUUUUAGUUAUAUCACCACCUCCCCUCGGCGGCGCCUCUCCUUCUCUGCCGCUUCUAUUCUUGGUAUUGACGACAGUGCAUUUUAGGGGAAGAGAGCUUUGACAACUGCGUUCAAUAUGGCACGAAAAGGAUUGAUGGAGCAGGACUUGAGCAAGUUGGAUGUGGCAAAAUUACAUCCUCUUUCGCCUGAAGUUAUUUCUCGCCAGGCUACAAUCAACAUUGGAACUAUUGGUCAUGUGGCCCAUGGAAAGUCAACAGUUGUGAAGGCUAUUUCUGGUGUUCAGACUGUACGAUUUAAGAAUGAGUUAGAGCGUAAUAUUACUAUCAAACUUGGUUAUGCUAAUGCCAAGAUAUAUAAAUGUGAUGAUGAACGGUGUCCACGACCUAUGAGCUAUAAGGCAUAUGGAAGUGGAAAGGAAGACACUCCGAUGUGUGACGUGCCUGGAUUUGAGAAUGCCAAGAUGAAGCUUCUGAGACAUGUGUCAUUUGUCGAUUGCCCAGGUCAUGAUAUUCUUAUGGCUACUAUGCUUAAUGGAGCUGCAAUUAUGGAUGGAGCAUUACUUCUUAUUGCUGCUAAUGAGAGCUGCCCCCAACCCCAGACUUCUGAGCAUCUUGCUGCUAUUGAGAUCAUGCGACUUCAGCACAUUAUCAUCCUCCAAAAUAAAGUUGAUCUCAUCCAAGAAAAUGUUGCUAUAAACCAGCAUGAGGCUAUUCAGAAAUUUGUUCAGGGAACUGUUGCUGAUGGAGCGCCUGUAGUUCCAAUUUCUGCUCAAUUGAAGUACAACAUCGAUGUUGUUUGUGAAUACAUUGUCAAAAAUAUUCCUAUCCCUGAGAGAAAUUUUAUUUCACCACCAAAUAUGAUUGUGAUCCGGUCUUUUGAUGUUAACAAACCUGGGUAUGAGGUUGAUGAAAUAUGCGGUGGUGUUGCUGGUGGAAGUAUUUUAAAGGGUGUCUUGAGAGUAAACCAAAAUAUUGAGGUUCGACCUGGAAUUGUUGUGAAAGAUGAUAGUGGCAACAUCAAAUGCACACCCAUAUACUCAAGAAUUGUUUCUUUGAAAGCUGAGGAGAAUGAGUUACAAUUUGCUGUGCCUGGAGGUCUCAUUGGGGUUGGAACAACCAUGGAUCCUACUUUAACCCGAGCUGAUAGAUUGGUAGGUCAGGUACUCGGGGAGGUUGGGUCUCUUCCAGAUGUAUUCGUUGAGCUAGAGGUGAAUUUCUUCUUGCUUCGAAGACUGUUGGGUGUGAGAACAAAGGGAACUGAGAAGCAGGGAAAAGUGACAAAACUGACAAAGGCAGAGAUUCUCAUGUUGAAUAUUGGAUCCAUGUCGACUGGUGCGCGUGUAAUUGCUGUAAAACAUGAUUUGGCAAAGUUGCAACUAACAUCUCCAGUUUGCACAAGCAAAGGAGAGAAGAUCGCCCUGAGUAGGCGGGUUGAAAAGCAUUGGCGACUGAUUGGGUGGGGACAGAUUCAAGCUGGUAUUACCCUUGAUAUCCCACCCUGUCCUCUUUGAAAACAAGUGAGUGAGAGAGAGAAAGAGAAAGAGAAACUAGGUAGGAGGACCAUAAAAGAGAAAUGUGGGUUGGGAGAGAACUGUUGGGAACUAUUUUUUUGAGAUGGAGGAGAAAACUUAUUCUCAUGCUCGAUUUUGGCUUUAUUUUGGUACGUACAUGUUGCAAGAUAUUAUUUGCACACCCAUGCUAUGAAUAUUUUUGUUUUAUGGUUUUUACAUUGA